AUGUCACCUGACGCAGCUUGUGUUGUUGUUGAAGAGGGCCGUCCUUACGCAGUCGCCGAAUCCCGAAGGGUUUGGUGGACGGUAGAUAGAGCAAAGUUCUGGCUAUACUGUGGAGAUGAGACUCUUCGUGAACCUUGCAGUUCGGAUAACUUCCCAAUCACAAGAAACCACCGCGCUGGUAUUGCGGCUCGGGACAAAGGGACCAAUGGUGGGCUUGGCGUGACGUCAGUUCCCCACAAUUUCCCCUCGUUGAGGACUGCGGGAGUUGCAGUCCAGACUCGAUCCAAGGUUCACGUGCCCACUAUGAGCCACGAAGGUGAUACGGGAGAACUGGACAACGAGAGUCACGAUCUCCGUCUUGCACCGUUCAGCAACACUCGGAGCUCGACCGAUUCUGGAAGCUCACGAGCCAAACCCAGUGUGCAAUGGAAGCCGGCUUCUCGCACGGUCGACGAGACACUGGCUGAAGGCCUCUCCAAUGAAGAUCUUUGGCUGUUGAUCCGGCGAUUCAACAAACAAAUCUACCAUGUGAAAGCUAUCAAUGAUGCGGCCAGUCGCGACCUGGACUUGAAUCGCGUGGAAGAUGAGCAAUUCCCCCCGGAGAAAAUGCGCAUGACCAUUGAGCGAUUCUACACGUCUGUGGUGGUGGGUGUCGCAGAGUUCUGCCGACAAGUAACACGCUUGCGAUCAUGGCGCGAGCCGGGACGGACAACUGUCUUUGCAAUGGUGUACCUUCUUUCUUGGCAUUUCAACGUAUUAGUGCCCACCUCGGUCGGAUUGCUGAUGGCUUUGAUCAUGUUUCCUCCCCUUCGCCCGCUCCUGUUCCCCAGCCGUCCGAUAUCGACAGAUCCGAAACGAACCAAUGGACAAGCCGGACAGUCUGCAUCUCAUGACAGCAUUACCGGUGCCCCCGAGAUACACAAAGGCGAAGCGGCCGAGCAAGAAGCCAAAAACAUGAUUGAAAGCGUGGCAAAUAUCGCACUUGAGACGGCAGCGGGCAAGUAUGGUCAGACAGUACAUGAUGAUGCAGAAGAAGUACCGCCUUCAUCUCCCUCGCACAGUGCUACAGACCCGUCGACGAAUCCAGCAGACGCUGGGCUGGAAGGUGCUGCGGAAGACAAGACGAAGAAGCCGAUCAAGGUCAAAGUAUCGCGAGGGACGGAUAUUUGCAUGCGUGUGAUUAGCGAUGUCACUGAUAUAUAUGAACAAUUUGCAAACCUGAUGUCUCCUACUCCACCUUUCAAUCUCGUUAUACCUCGCUUGCGCCUCCUGGGUAUACUAGGCUUCAUUUUUGUUGUCUUUCCUUUUAUAUCCAAUCGCCUGAUCAUCAAGUCUAUCGGGUUCAGCUUGGGCGUCGCUUUCUUCGGCGAUCCACUCUUUGCCUGGGGCAUGGCGUUUUUGAACAAGACAGUUCCUGAUUGGAAAGAGCGCUUGGAUAUUCAAAAAACGUUGCUAGAAGGCACUCCGACCAACGCUCAGCUUACUCUGACUUUACUCCGCAUCGGAGAAAUCAAUUCUUCGCCCCUACCACCACCACCAAACUCCGGCACCGAUGAUCCAGAGUGGCCUAUUCCACGUCGGAAGAAGUCGCUGGCCAAGCUUCUCACGGAUGGAAGCGGCCUCGAAUCCACCGAGUCUCUACAGACCAUCGGCCCUGACGGUCUCUCUGCGCCCAACAAACCCAAAAAGAAACUCUUUUCGCGGAUCCUGAAAUUUGUUCGACGCACCAUUGCCACAGCCAUCAAAGGACACAUUGCCUUUGACCGGGCUCUGGCCAUCGCUGGCUCGGCACAUACGAAGAAUUUAAUCACCAUGCUGCAAAGCAAGCCAUUUUCUUCCAAGCCGUUCGGUCCUCUUAAAUUCGAUGCCAAAUUUAUGAAGAAGCGCGGUGCGGCGGUGAUUGACUCGACCAAGGAACCACCGCUGUUGUACUUUACCACAUAUCAAUCCGCCGGACUGGAUGACCUCCGCAUCGAAAGCCGCAAGAAGGGCUCGGUGCUCUUCCAAAUCCCCGUGACCGAAAUCCAGGAAUUGAAAAAGACCGAGGGUCUCGGCUGGAAGGGGAAAUUGAUUGUGGAAUUGACGGCUGGGAGUAAAGAGGCUGCGGACGGUCUGGUCAUUGUCGGUAAGGAAGAAGGUCAAUCGUUCCAUCUUACCGGGAUGAGGUCGAGGAAUCAGCUUUUCAAUCGGCUGGUGGCGAUGGAUGCGCAGUUUUGGCAAAGUUGUUGA